GAGAAAUAGUAGUCAAAGACUCAAAUAAAUGCAGAGCAAACCUGAAAUCAUGGCAGACCCUACAGUUAAAAGUGGUAUACUAUCAUUGGUACCUGAGAGCAAGAUUGCCUACUAUUUGCUCUUCUUCCUCUCGAAGGUUGGAUCAAACAGAGGCCAAGAACUUCGAGACGGGGAAGAGGAAGACAAGGCGAGCAUAAUGUACUGUCGCAGGAACCCGGAGCAGAUGGAAGUUGAUGCAGGAUGUCCACUGGUGGCGGUGGCCAUUGACAAGGACAAAGGAAGCCAGAACGCUCUGAAAUGGGCAGUGGACAACCUUCUCGCCAGGGGCCAGACCCUCACCCUCAUCCAUGUCAAGCUCACCAGCCAACCAUCUGCCAACCUAGAUGAUGAUGGUGGCUUCAAAGAGCCGACGGACCAUCAAUCGAAGGAGCUCUUUCUUCCGUUUCGCUGCUUCUGCACACGUAAAGACGUGCGCUGCAAGGAUGUGCUGCUGGAAGAUGUCGAUGCAGCCAAGGCCAUAAUCGAAUUUGUUUCCCAUGCUGCCAUAGAGAAGUUGGUGGUCGGUGCCUCAUCGAAGGGUGGAUUCGUCAGGCGAUUCAAGAAUCAUGAUGUCUCCGCCAGUGUCACCAAGGGGGUACCUGAUUUCUGCACCGUCUACGUGAUCGGCAAAGGGAAGGUUUCCGCCAUGCGGAAUGCGGUGCGUCCAGCGCCGGCCGUUUCUCCUCUUCGUGCUCAGAUCCAGAGCGAAGCCAGCCUCAAGUCUGAUGCCCUUCCCCCUCGCUUCUUGCUCGGUCCCAAUGGGCCAGGCGAGGUGGCACUGGAGACACACAGCAUGAAGCAUGACGAUUCCGUCAAGUCGCCGUAUGCCAGGGGAAUGCGCGCUUCCACCAUCGCAGAUCUCUCGUUGUCCGACACCGACAUCUCCUUCGUGAGCUCCGGAAGGCCGAGCAUCGACCAAGCUUUCCCGCCGAGAUUAUCCAAUGGAUCAGACGGCCUCGACCGCAGCUUCGAGAUGGCGCUUACGCCCAACAACAGGUCGGCCGACUCGUACUCCACCGGGAACGAGUUCUCCUCGUUCUCACAGGGCAGCACUGGAACCUCGUGGUCAUCACAAACCAUGGAGGACGUAGAAGAUGAGAUGAAGAAGCUGAGGCUGGAGCUCAAGCACACCAUGGACAUGUACAACAACGCCUGCAAAGAAGCACUCUCAGCCAAACAAAAGGCGAUGGAGCUCCAGCGAUGGAAAGUGGACGAGCAGAAGAGGCUGUACGAAGCUCAAAUGGCAGAGGAAGCUGCCGUGGCUUCGGUGGAGAAGGAGAAGGCGAGACGCAGAGUGGCAAUGGACACAGCUCGAGCCGAGAACAGGAUAGCAGAGUUAGAAUCACAGAAGAGGGUAGAUGCAGAGAUGAUGGCAAUUAAAGAUGCCCACGAGAACAACAGACCUUUAGAUUCCGCACCUCGUGCGGACGUGAGGUACAGGAAGUACACCAUUGAGGAUAUCGAAAUUGCCACGGAAUACUUCGCAGAGCAUCGUAAGAUCGGAGAGGGUGGCUAUGGCCCGGUCUACAAAUGCCAUCUGGAUCACACGGCGGUGGCCGUCAAAGUUCUGCGCCCGGAUGCAGCUCAAGGGAGGUCGCAGUUUCAACAAGAGGUUGAGGUGCUGAGCUGCAUCAGGCACCCGAACAUGGUGCUGCUCCUGGGUGCCUGCCCGGAGUACGGCUGUAUCGUGUACGAAUACAUGGCCAACGGGAGCUUGGACGACAGACUUUUCCGGCGAGGCAACUCGCCGGUGAUCCCAUGGCAGCACAGGUUCCGCAUCGCUUGUGAGAUCGCCACCGGACUCCUCUUCCUGCACCGGAUGAAGCCGGAGCCACUGGUGCACCGCGACCUCAAGCCCGGGAACAUCCUCCUCGACAGGAACUACGUGAGCAAGAUCGGCGACGUCGGCCUCGCCCGGUUGGUCCCCCCGUCGGUGGCGGACAGCGUCACGCAGUACCGGAUCACCUCCACGGCCGGAACCUUCUGCUACAUCGAUCCCGAGUACCAGCAGACGGGCAUGCUGGGGGUGAAGUCCGACAUAUACUCGCUCGGGGUUCUGCUGCUGCAGAUCAUCACGGCGAAGCCUCCGAUGGGGCUAACGCACCUCGUGAGCCGCGCAAUCGAGCAGGGAACAUUCGCCGAAGUGUUGGAUCCUGCGGAGUCGGACUGGCCGGUGGAGGCUGCUCAGCGGCUUGCUGAGAAGGCACUCAAGUGCACAGAGCUGAGAAGGAAGGAUCGACCAGAUCUCGAAAAGGUUGUGUUGCCAGAGCUGCAGUGGCUAAGUGCUCUCGGAGAAGAUAGCUUGGCGAACUGCACGCAGCGAUACAGUACUCAGAGCUCGCCCUUCAACAGUCAAGCUUCCAUGCAGGAAUUUAUGAGUGAUCCACUGCUGACACAAAAUGGAUUUGCUAUCCACUCAAGUGAAUCAUCAGCCACAGGAAGAAAAUCCAGUGUGCUGUGAGAAUAAGGUGACAGUAUAACUUAUCUGAAACUUGCCUUACUACAUUAAUUAGUAUGACUGCUAGUUCAGCAAACUUGUUUGAUUUAAUUUUUGUUUGUGCAGGCACCUUUAUGAUCAAGCUGCUAAAGCUGGCCUCAUAGCUAAAGACAGUUUCCAAUAGUGGCAUCAGCAUGUUCAAUGCAGUAGCCACAAACAAUAAAGACUAGAGUUCUUCAUCCAACAUACCUCUGUU